AUGGCGUGCGUGCAUGUGCUCGUUGGGCAGUGCGGUAACCAGCUUGGGACCCAGUUUCUGGACAGCCUCGUGGCCGAGGCGUACGCGAGCGAUGAGGAAGACGGGUUUGCCGCGCAGGUGUCGUCGCUUCACUUCCGGCCAUCGCCGGCGCCGCGGGGCGGGGGGCUGCAUGAUGCUGCCUCAGCCCCUCCGCUGCCGCGCUGCGUGAUGAUUGACAUGGAGCCCAAAGUCAUUGAGGGGAUCCUCAGGAGCACCGCGGCUGGGGGAGCCUACCGGCCGCACGUGCGACAAUGCAUUACCCGUGAUGAGGGGAGCGCCAACAACUGGGCCUGCGGUUACUUCCAGCAGGGCAGCAGCAGAAAGGAGGAGAUUGUCGACGCACUGCGCCGCGAGGGCGAGUCGUCGGGAACUGUGGGCACGUUUCACGUCGUGCACAGCAUUGCGGGCGGGACAGGCUCUGGGGUUGGCUGCCUGGCCGCGGACGCUGUGCGGGAGGAGUUUCCCCGCGCGUUGCUGCUGCACUCGGUUGUUUGGCCCUUCACCGCCGGCGAGGUUGUGACGCAGUGGUACAACUGCGUCAUGGCGAUGAGCGCACUCCGCGACACCGCCGACGCAGUUUUUAUGGCGCACAACGACGACUUUGGCGAUGCCGCCUCCACAAGCAAACAAGGCGCCCGUGGCGCUCGCCGCGGCGAGGUCUCCUUUGCGAGCAUCAACGACGGCAUUAGUCGUCUGCUGGUGGACAUGCACCUUCCGCAGAGCAUCUGCCGUGUGACACGAAACCCAUCCGCGGCCCCGGCGGCAGCUACCCCAUGGCACACCCACCCCCUGCGCUCACGCACUCCGCUGGGGGCUGAGCGGGUUCGCUCCCGCAGCCCUCCCGCGAGACCGCUGCGGCACGGCAGUGUGGCAGACCUUGUGGAGUCCGUGGCCCUCGACCCGGCGCUGAAGUUCUUCUCCGGCGCCUCGGUCCCCGAUGACGCAGCCGUUCCCCCCAGUGGAGGAAGAAGCGGCGAGGUGGAGGACAACUCACUGCCGUGGCAGAGAGUGGUGCGUCAGGCGGCCCGCAAGUCCGCGGAACUCUUCCCGCCAUUUGCCGGCGCCUGCGUGGGCGGGGCAGUGUCGCAGCGCCCGGUCCUCUGGAGUCUGCGUGGUCCUGCUGCCCGUCGCGAGGGGCUCUCCGCGCUGCACGAGGUGGCCGCUUCGCCCACUCCCUCUUGUUCGGCAGGCCAGCUUCUCUUGCACGAGAAAAGUUACCGCGGGCACGCCGCGCACGUGUCGCUCUUCGGCCCCACACGCGACAUUGGGGUGCGGCUGUCCACGGCGCUGGAGCGGACUGAGCAGUUGCUCUCCGUCGGGGCCUUUACACAUCAUUUUAGCCGCUACGGCGUGGGGGUGGAGGAUGUGCGAGAUGCCGUUGUGCGGCUCUGGGACACGGCGGCGGUAUACGCUUCCGCAUGA